GAGCUGUCUUACUUCUCCCUGCAGCAAGGUGACAGACCCGUUUGUCACCGUUUCACCGUCGCUCCAGCGUCCUUUGACCCCCCUUCUCUCUCCCCCCAUCUCUCUCUAUGGUGUGCGCCCCUGUUAACUCUCGCGUUGCCGAUUUUAGUGCCGCUCGUGCGCGCGGUUUAGCGUCCCUUGUACUCCAAAAGACCAAAACUCGCGCGCUGCGCGUUCCAGGGCAGGGAAUACAGAUAACCUGCUUGAGGCAGGCUAGGAUUUUUACACCAAAUCGGAUACUCUCUCUUUUUAGUGACAUAGUAUUAACUUACGGCAUUUAUCUAUAACUGCCUACUUGUCUGACUUCGCGAUCACUGGAAUCUGAAAAGAAAUAGGUCCAAAUCUAGCGCUUUCAUCACGUGCUAGUUGCACCGAUGCUCAGAGCUGGCUACUUUGGAUGAAAGCUCAUCACGUAGCAUCAAGCACAGUACCAGUUAUUAAGGCUUGCCAAUAUACGACGUCUGCAGACUGUGCAGGAACUAUCCUCUAACCGGAGAUAUUUGGGAUGCACACUUGAAACUGAAGCUGUCUGAAGUUAACAAGGCAAGAACAGGCAAAAAGAGGGCCAUAAACCAUCAAAGUGAGUAAUGAACCUGUCCGAGUGGCCUCAUGUGCAUCAAGUCCAGAUAAGUGAAUUCUGAUUUCAUCUUGGAGCAAUCCUUUUAAACUGAAGACAGAUGUCUGCAAAUCGAUCUAGGAAUUGAAAAAAAAAGACAUUUUUAUCUUUUCACAUUGUCAUUUGAAAGGUGCACUUUUUCCCUUCAGGGUCACGACAUACAGCCUACAUAAUUUUGAUUCAUCCUUAGAGGAAAAACUCAAAUUUCUACAUAUUUACAAUGGACUAAUGCAGUUCUUUUUUGGUGAAUAUUUACUUCCUGAAUCUGCAUUUAAUUUUAAGAACCAUCUCCAAAUGUAAUUGACAGGAAAAGAAACAGCUGCUGCAAUAGCUGAAGUGAAGGGACAGGUGUGAACAUAGUUUGGUGCAGCAACAGGGCUGUACAGAACUUCUGUAGCCUGAUGAUAUACUGAAUGAAAAACCUAUGAAGGGGAAUUUCCUACAUGAGAGCUGUUAAUGGAGAAGAGGUCGAAUGACAGCCGGGACUGUGGUUAUAACAGGUGGAAUAUUAGCAACUGUUAUUCUACUCUGCAUAAUAGCAGUACUCUGUUACUGUAGGCUUCAGUAUUACUGCUGCAAGAAGGAGGACUCAGAUGAGGAUGAAGAGGAGCCGGACUUUGCAGUACAUUCUCAUCUUCCUUCAUCCCAUUAUAAUCACAAUGUAGUGUCGACCAAUGGGCCAUCCCCUUAUACGUCAUCAUUUUCAAAAAAGCACUCCCAGUCACGAACUGUAUGCCCUAGCUGCACUCACUAUGAUCUGCCCUUCAUUGUUCACCCACCAGAAGAGAUUCGCAAUGGUGGUGAUCGUAUCAGCUAUAAGACUGUCACUCAGGAAGAGUUGGAGCUCCCUGUGAACGUGACAUCUCUUCAGCCAGUGGAUCACAACAGAUUAUCGGCAAUGAGAGAAGCCUUUUCUCGCAGCAGAAGUAUAAGUACUGAUGUGUAAAUUACAGGAAAUUUGGGGGUUUUAUAUGCCUUUAUGGCUUUUAAUAAGAUUACAGUAAAUAAUAAAACAAAAUUGUCACUGUUUUAAAAUGAAUGUAUUUGUAUAUAUCACUAUUAUAUAGAUUCUUAAGAGAAAGGAUGGAUCAUAGGAAGUAACAUUUAACAUUAUUGUUUUCAAUGACUAACCUUUGCUUUUAAUGUUACUUCUUUUUAUAAAGACAUGAAAGAGGAGAUUUUAAUAUUGUGCUUUAUUUUAUAUGAUAGAAAGGAAAUGAAAGCCUGUUGCAUAUAUAGCAGAUGGUUAUUACAAAAUGUUUUUAUUAUUUGUCAUGUGAAGCCAGGAUGAAGGAUAGAUGAAAAUGUCAAAUGAAAAUAUUCUGUAAAUUGUAUUGUUUGCAAAUGGCCAGUCUUUGUGCUGCUAUAUUUAGGCUAAUCUAAAUUUUCUGAGAGUAAUUCAUAUUUAAAAAAUACAGAUUUAUAGAUGCAGCACUCCUUGUAGACAAAGCAAAUUGCUUUCAAACCACUGCAGGCUAGAAAGAAAAUGUCACUUUGAAGGAAAGAUUAAUUAUAAUACAACACACAAUAAAAGUUCUACAUUUCUAAGGAACCCAUAUUUAAUAUUAAACAAUAUGCGUGAAGAUUAUUUUGACAUAAGUGACAUUUCUGAAGUGUAGCACUUAAAAUUCCAAAAUGUUUCUUUUUUUGGUGGAGGGUGAAUUAUUUUCCUCUCAAUCUGUUAAUGAUAUUGCAAUAGGUAACUAUUUAUAAAUCAUAAUAUUUACUGGAAGACGAUACGUUACUUGUAAAACAUCUGUACAGUCAAUGUUUGAAACUUGAUUAAAGCUGCUUCUUUUAUUUUUCAAUGCUUACUUUUUAGAAUAAAAUAAUUAAAUCUACUGGUUAGUGGUUCAAACUGUCACUUUUACUGCUGUACGGUUCUGUUAACAGAGAUUUCAUAAUGGUUUAACAGAUGAUGGUAGGAUAACAGUUUUCCUGCACUGUAUAGCAGAUACUUCAGACUUGUAUUCUAGAACCCUACAAUUUCUGCCUUAUGUGACUUUUUCAUGGCAACUUGGGACAGUGGAAGACUUAAGUACAAUACAAAGAUCCUCCUGACUCCAAGAUCACUUUUGGUAAUAUGUUUAGAUAUACAAUUUUCUGAAAAGAAAGGCAGUAUUUCAUCCCCUUAAACAAUUAUUUCAGUCACAAUUAGGAAUAAAAUUGUUCCAGUAUGCUGAUUCUAUAUAAAUCCCAUUAUUAAAAUGAAAAAUAAUAACAUAGUUAUCCAAACUCAUUUAGUCUGAUUAUCAGACUAAAGCACUAUAUAUGAAAAUUGAGAAAAUAAAGCCAUACAUGCUGAAUCUGAAAAAAAAAAACAUCCACAGUAUGCGUUUUACUAAAAUAAGCUUUUUUUUCUGUAGUACUGCCAUGUUAGUAAUGUUAUUAUUUAUUAGCUGUUUCUUCUUUUUUGCAAAAAAGUAGUCCACUAGAAACAGAAGAAUGCACAGAUUCCCUUUCCAGUGUAAGAUAUUUUUAAAUAAAAUAAGGACUACAUUGCUAAUCAUGCUGUUAUACUAGGUACAAUAACAGUGGAAAUGUGGAUGGUGCUGAGGGAGUGAAAUAGAAUUAAGCUGAUAAAUAAGGUAUCUAGUUAUAAGUUAUCUGUUUUAUAUACAACUGGAUUUUUGAUACUGUAUUAUCACAGUUAGUGAGGCUGUAACCAAGCAGGCAGUCUUAUCAUUAAUAAUAGCUCAAGCUUGUGUUUUGUUAGGUAAGCUAAUUUGUCAUGAAUUUAACACUUUUUUUCUGCUUACACCACAAAAGUGGGAGUGUUCCUGAUUUAUUGUGGAAUGUCAUCAAAUAAUGUAAUAAAACUUUCUGAGAUUCUCCCAGCCACUGGUUUGUAUGUACAAGUUUGGUAUAGAUGAAUACAGUUGUUACUUAUUAUAGGUCAUUCAUUUUCAGUUUUACGAGAAACUCGUAACCUUCUAUAACUGGAACUGCCUGCCCACUGUAACACAUAUAUACUCUAUAUUCUCAGUAUUUGUCAUUUUUUACCAAAUGAAUAAAUAUGUCAGACUUGAA